AUGGCGAAAGCGAAAGCAAGAACGAUGAUCGUGCGUCUCAUUUCGACCGCACAAACAGGUUUCUUCUACACGACGCAAAGGGUCCGCCAGGGCUUUCCACUGAGUGCUGUCAAAUACGACCCGAAAGUCAAACGGCGCGUACUUUUCGUGGAAAGCAAGAAGAGAGAGAAGUCCAAGUAG